AUGAGGGGCUUCAAACAGAAUUUUAUAUAUGUACACACACACGCAUAGAUAUAGCUUCUGUUUUCUUUCUUUUCCGAUAUAACAAAGCCAAAACAACUCUUUUCUCUAACCAAGAGAGAAAAUUAAAGUUCAUAGUUCAGAAUGCAGCUUGAGAGAGCAAGGCCAUUCUUGGCCAUCGUCUUCAUUCAGUGUUUGUACGCAUUGAUGUCUAUAGUAGCUAAACUAGCUUUGAACGCUGGCAUGAGCCCUCACGUCUUAGUUGCUUACCGGAUGGCAGUUGCUUCAGCUCUCAUUACUCCUUUUGCCCUCGUCCUUGAGAGGAACACAAGACCACGGAUGACCUUCAAAAUCUUGUUUCAAAUAGCCAUCCUUAGUUUAUUUGAGCCUGUGGUGGAACAAAACCUGUACUACUCAGGGAUGAAACUUACCACUGCCACAUUCACAUCCGCUUUGUGCAAUGCACUUCCUGCAAUGACAUUCAUAAUGGCCUGCAUUUUCAAGCUUGAGAAAGUGACAAUGAGAAGGCGUCACAGCCAGGCAAAGGUGGUGGGAACCAUGGUGGCUAUUGGAGGAGCCAUGUUCAUGACUUUCUUGAAAGGGCAUGCCUUGGAGCUGCCUUGGACAAAGAACUCAAGGGGUCUCGAUGCGCAUUCACAUUCUCUGAGGAUUCCAAAACAGGAAGAUAUAGCAAGAGGAUCACUUAUGCUUGUAGCAAGCUGCUUCAGUUGGUCAUGUUACAUCAUUUUACAGGCAAAGAUUCUGGUUCAAUAUCAAGCUGAGCUCUCGCUAACAUCUCUAAUGUGCAUUAUGGGGAUGUUGGAGGCUACUGUUCUGGGAUUGAUAUGGGAAAGGAAAAACAUGUCAGUCUGGAAAAUCCAACCGGACGUGACGCUUAUAGCUUCAAUAUAUGGGGGACUUGUAUCAGGGUUAGCAUACUAUGUUAUUGGAUGGGCGUCAAAGGAGAGAGGACCUGUGUUUGUGAGCGCAUUUAACCCGCUCAGUAUGGUUCUCGUUGCUAUUCUGAGCACCUUUAUAUUCUUCGAGAAGUUGUAUCUAGGAAGGGUUUUUGGGUCAGUUGUCAUUGUCGUCGGGAUAUAUAUGGUACUGUGGGGUAAAAGCAAGGACGAGGGAGGAAAGCUUCAACCAAACGCUGGGUGCACAGAGACUGUAGUAAAGAUUGACGAACUAAAGGUUCCAACGCAUGAUAAUAACCAAGUAGUACCCACCAGUGAGCAGUUAAUGAUCCCAAAGGCAGCAGCUCGAUUUCACGACUCAGUCUGAGAUGCCGGUUUUGUUCCAGGAUCUCUAUAUACCGCGCAUAACAGUUUUGAUAGUAUUGAAAUGAUGGUUUGCAAGAAUAAGAACAAGCAGUGCGCUACAAGGUCCCAUAAAACCUUAGAAUUUGGAGUUUUUGCAGUAGUUUAUAUACUUUAGUAGGAGAACUAGGCUUCAUGAAACCCUAAGGCCAUCAUAGCAGUACAGAAGUUAGAGUUACAGAGAAGAAUGGAUUUCACUUGUAACAAAAACCUUCCAGUUGAUAACUCAUCUUCUCAAGAGGCCAAAGCGACAGCAUCCUUGCCAUAGAUACGCUUAAGCUCAAGGCUGGCAACUUGAAAUGAAGCUGAAAAGAUACACAAGUAGAAAUGAUUGGCUUUUGUAUCUUGUUGCCAUGCUCUAAGAAGCUUUAUCCUAUUAAAAUGUCUAUGUUGAAUUACUACC